AUGGGUUUCGACUAUUACGGCAUUUUAGGCGUAAAGAGAUCCUGCAGUCAGCUAGAAAUUAAACGCGCAUACAGACGCCUCGCCCUAAAGUAUAAUCCCGAAAGACAUGAUAAUGAUGAAAAUAUGAAACGGAUAUUCGCCCUAAUUGCAGAAGCGUACGAAGUCUUAGUAGACCACAAGAGACGAGCCGUCUACGACCAAUAUGGUGAAGAAGGUCUCAAAAAAGGUGUUCCUGGACCUACUGAGUACAUACAGCCGUACGUCUACCAUGGUGAACCGUUAAGAACCUUUCACGACUUCUUCGGCACGUCUAAUCCUUACGCAGACCUCUUGGAUUAUUACGAAAACCCUCCACCUAUAUUCGAUUCUCCUUUGGGUAAAGGAUAUAAGGAAAAAGACGUAUCUAUUGUUCGACCCCUUGCCUUAUCACUCGAAGAGGUAUACAAAGGGUGUCUGAAGAAAAUGAAAAUUCAAAGACUUGUCUUCACUGAUGAAACAUGUUCAGAAUUAAAGUUGCGGGAGAAAGUUCUGUCAAUACCGAUCAAAGCCGGGAUAUAUUCUAACACAGAGGUGAGGUUCAAAGAAGAAGGAGAUCAGGGCCCAACGAGGAUUCCUGCUGACGUUAUAUUUAUUACGGAAGACCGCCCUCACGACACCUUCGUCAGAUCCGGUUUGAGUAACUUACUUUACACUCAGACUAUAUCUUUAAAGGAGGCAUUAUGCGGGUUCAUGGUAACACUUAAAACUUUAGAUGGAAGAAUACUCAGAGUCAAAAUAACUGACGUAGUUACUCCGACUUAUGAGAAGGUUAUAGAAGACGAGGGCCUGCCACUGCCCGCGUGUCCCACGAAAGCAAAGGGUAAUUUGAUCCUACGAUUCAAUAUUACAUAUCCAGAGUAUUUAUCGAAGAAGACCAAAAAAGCGUUUGAAGAAGCGUUCAGAGUGAGAGACGAAGAGGAUCUAAAGUUCAAGGAUUUAGAAUGUGGUACAAUACCUAUCGGGUCACUAUCUGACAGUGAUUAG